CAGCGAUACAACUCAACACUGUAGAGGUAAACAUGGCGGCAAUCAGACCUCUAACAAGAAUCGCAAGACUGUGUUCCAGCGUGUGCAGAAACUAUUAUUUAAUAUCGAACAGAAUCUCACAAAGACGGGGAAUUGCUUCAUGUAUCGACCCUGCCCUUGGACUCACAGAUGAACAGAAGGAGUUCCAGAAGGUGGCCUUUGACUUUGCAGCCAAUGAAAUGGCUCCACACAUGGCAGAGUGGGACCAAAAGGAAAUCUUUCCAGUGGAGACAAUGCGGAAAGCAGCUCAGCUGGGGUUUGGUGGUAUCUAUGUUCAGCCAGAUGUUGGAGGAUCAGGCCUUUCUCGCCUGGACACAUCAGUCAUCUUUGAGGCCUUGUCCACAGGAUGUGUCAGCACCACAGCCUACAUCAGUAUCCACAACAUGUGUGCCUGGAUGAUAGACACCUUUGGCAGUAAGGAGAACAGGGAGAAGUUCUGUCCUGAUCUCUGCUCAAUGAAAACAUUUGCUUCCUAUUGUCUCACUGAACCAGGCAGUGGCAGCGAUGCUGCUUCACUUCUGACCUCUGCACAGCGGAAAGGUGACCACUACAUCUUGAAUGGCUCUAAGGCUUUUAUAAGUGGAGGAGGAGACACAGACAUCUAUGUUGUGAUGUGCAGAACAGGAGGUAGAGGACCCAAAGGCAUCUCUUGUUUGGUGGUGGAGAAGGGAACGCCAGGCCUUAGUUUUGGCAAAAAAGAAAAAAAGGUGGGCUGGAACUCUCAGCCAACCAGGGCUGUGAUAUUUGAGGACUGUGCAGUUCCAGUGAACAACCGGCUUGGUGAGGAAGGGCAAGGAUUCAACAUUGCCAUGAAAGGCUUGAAUGGAGGCAGGAUUAAUACUGCAUCCUGUUUUCUUGGAGCGGCACAUGCCAGUGUACAGCUAGCGAGGGAUCACCUGUUGGUACGCAAACAGUUUGGAGAGACACUCUCCAACAGCCAGUUUCUCCAGUUCAAACUGGCAGAAAUGGCCACCAGGUUGGUUGCGUCUCGUCUUCUGGUGCGUGAGGCUGCGACAGCGUUGCAGGAGAACCGACCUGAUGCAGUUUCUCUCUGCUCCAUGGCCAAGCUCUUUGCCACAGAUGAGUGCUUUAAUAUCUGCAACCAGGCUCUUCAGAUGCACGGUGGUUACGGAUACCUCAAAGACUACGCAGUGCAGCAGUUUGUCCGUGACAGAGUUCAUCAGAUCCUAGAAGGCACAAAUGAGGUGAUGAGGAUGAUCAUUUCCCGAGAUCUGCUGACAGAGUCAUGAUGAAUCUUUUCCUCCAUUUCAUCAAGUGACUUCACUAGUGACCAUGUUGUUAUGGUCUUCAGCUCUGGUUUGUCACCGUGUGACUGGUUUCCUGAAUUGCCCACUGCAUCAUAGUUUUCCAGAGGUGGCAUUUUAGUACAUUUGCCCUAACAGGCAAUAUACUCAUACAGUAUGCAUCAGAGCCAUGAAACUCUACUGACAUGGCUACAGUAAGUUAAACAACCAAAACAUGACCACAAGCAACUGUAGGUCAAAGAAAGUGAGAUAUUCAAAGGAAAUAAAAACUUUCAUGUAGCACCCCCCCCAGUUAUUUUGCACCCUAAGCAACUGCCUAUUUCGCCUAUGCCACGAGCUGGCCCUGGCCCUACACCGGCUUGGCUUUGAGCAGGCACCGGAACAGCUUCCGCAUGUGAUCUGUGGGUACAGGUGGCAAAGGCCAUUUGAGAAUUAGCAGUAAAUUGGUCAGAACAGGUUUUUGUAGUACAAUACUGGGUUUUUGUUUAAUUUCUGGCUAAGCUGCUGGCAGAGAUGGCAAUGCUGAUUCAUCAGUCUGUCAUCUGCCACUGGCCCAGAAUGAAAUAUCAGACAUUUUGCACAGAUUCUUAAGAACCUUUCUACAUUUGUGGUUCAAAGAGGAUGAAUCCAAAUGACACUGACAAUUCCACUGACCUUUCAGGUAGCGCCACCCGCUGGUCAAUUUUCAUUCUGUGAACUGAAUUUCAGCCAAUACUUUGAGAUGAAUAGUAACAUAGUAUUCAGAUCAGAGCAUAGACAGAAUUAAAACAGAAUAUUUUAUAGAAUACAAAAUUCAACUGAUUAAAUGUCUGUCAAAGUCUAAUACUAUUGAGCUCAGUCUGAGAUACUACAUACUGUAUACAAUGAUAUUGUGGGUUGUGCAUUCGAUUGUCGCUUUGCAGAUCACACCAAAUAAAAU